AUGUCCCACACGAUCGAACUUCUUGAAGAAAUAUUUGCCUUGGGACUUGCAGAUCAUGUUCGCAAGAAGGCCUUUACUCGAGGCUGGGCUAAACUAGUUGUUCCUGCGGCAUGUCACACUCAAGAUUCAGCUGAUAACAGGAAUAUCUUCCAGCUUGGAAGCCACGCUUCUCUUCCCUUUCCACCUCCACCCUCAGUCGCUGUUUCACACAGCGCUGCUACUAGUACCUUGGAAGAUGUCCUCCAGCGCCCCGACUUCGAAACAUGGUUGCUUGCACAUCAGCAAGACCAGCAAUCAACUAGUAAUAUGAUGUUGGGUGUUUGGCCACCUACAAGACAAACUCGUCACACACAGGUUUCGCCAGCACUGACCCAACAGCCUAACAAUGGUGAAAUGUGGAGGAUGCGGAUUCAGCCAACUCCCACAUCUACGUCGAGUAGCACAGUGUCCAGUAUCUCUCGGUCUGCCCGCUCCCAGCGCCCUUCUGACGACUCCGACUCGAUUGACGACUCGGAGGCAAAUUGUUCUGCCUCAUGCUGCUCAUACUCAGAGUGUGCACUACAAGGUGCCAAUAGAACGUUUAAUCGAAGCCCAGCGGUUGCUGAGCAACGUCAAUUUCCUGGUGUUGAUCGUACCAUGGAAUUUUCAAUUUCAGCUGUGUCACAUGAACAUGAUGAAGAUCUUACUUGGUUCUGUCCUUCAGCUUCUAUUGGUGCCAGUGAUGGCAGACCUCCACCACCACCAUAUGAAUUUGCUACAAAUGGACCUGUUGUGUUCAUGCAAAAUGGUAUUGUAGUGAGGCUGGGUCAAGGUCAAGCCAACAAUGCUAGGCAGAGGUAG